AUGUUGCACUCCGUGGAGAAGCACAUGGUGAUCGUUUCUGUGGAUGGAGAACGUAUAAGCCAAGAAGUUUACGUGGAUGCUUCCACUGGGUUGGACGUCGACCCUCAAACUGGCGUGUUCCGCACUCGGGCAGAGACGGAGAAAUUAAUACGAGAGGUGUACCUAAUAGCCCGGGACGCUCUUCCAACGGAGCUGGAACGGUACAACAAGUGGAUGCGGGGGGGCUCUCGUGCUGGCCUUUCGCAGCCAUUCUUGCAGCACGCGCUUCCCACCGUGGCAGGAACGGUUACCUCAGAUGGCAUCCCGACGAAACCAGAGAAGACCGCGGAAUACAGAGCACGGGGUAAUGAUGCAAUGAGGCGGGGUGAUUUACGUAAGGCUCUUCGCUGGUACAGUGAAGCACUGCAAUGCGAACCUGCGUCAAGUACCCUGUGGUCGAAUAAGGCGGCUGCGAUGGUUCAACUUGGUAGAGGUGACGCUGCCUUGUCAGACGCAGAAAAGGCGAUUUCUCUUGAUCCAACGAACAUCAAGGCAUACUAUCGAAAAGCUUCAGCCUUGUAUUUGCUUGGGGCGCGAGCCGCAGCUGCUCGCUGUGUUAAAGACAGUGUAAAACAGUUUGGCACAGAUGUGGCGUGGGAGUCCCUUGAGCGCCGUAUUGUAUCAAUGGCCAGAGCCGUUUUGGUGGAUGACCGGUGGAUCUGUAGCGAAGCCGUGGAAGGGGGCGAGGAGCUUUGUACGUUGCAGGGGAUAAAAUUACCUAGCGUGGAUCCAUCUGAGGUGUUGCAGCUGUGGGCCGAAGACGGUGUUCCUGCCGCGGUUUUGACAGCAGAAGCGGCAUACUAUGCGGCCCGUGGUUCACGGCCUUUGCUUGAACCGUAUGAUGGUAUAAUUGCGGCACAAAGAGUUUAUGAUACAUGUACGGACGCAGACUCUGAGUGUGUUGUGGCGUCGCGAUUGGCUGAUCUUCUUCGCUGGAGGUGUCUCUUAUUAGGUUCCGCGGAUCCACAGACGCCGAUGGACACAAGGCCGUGGUUAGAGCACAUUUUUGGUGACGGAUUUAUAUUCCUGGGGGCCUCGUUUUUCUUCUCACCUCUGCCCGAGGCUAACGUACUCCUUUGCUUUGAUGCGGCGUCCCAUGUCCUUCGCGUCGUCGCGCGCAGACACAUUGGGCAAUAUGAAACCCUCUCUUCUUUGAGCGCCUCAUGCUGUUGA